CCAAACCAGCCUUGCAAUCCGCGCCAAACGUCACACCAUAACUUCUCCAAUGCAUACCAAAAUGACUAGGCUACCCAAUGAAGUAGGACUUGUAAACCGCAGUAUGAGGUCCCGCGGUGAGAACAGUCGCCGACACACCGACCGCAUAUUUACUCCUGCCCAUCGAAACAAUCUGUUUGCUUCUAAUUUGGCGAGCGAAAGUGAUAUUAUGCUCGCUUGAAAGGAAAGUCCGACAGCACGGUCAUUUCUACAUGUAGUGCGGGCAGCCGUUACCGGCUUGGAAUGUAUCCCGGUCAUGCGGGCGUCCCUUUCUGGGGUCGUCGAUAGGGGUAAGCAAGGUUGUGGUCGAGCACGAAGAACUGUACGACAGCGAUGAAAAGAAAGAGGAGCAAUCAUUUAGCCUUGUAUUCUGAAUAGCCUCUCUAGAUUAAUUGCAUAGGGUGGUUGAUCUUGCAACCGGCGUAUCAAUGGUGAGUGUUUUUCAUAACUAUCUGUACGGGCGGACCCCAAGAAACGCCCCGCCGGUUUCUGAUCAACAUGAUGAUGAUUCCCGAACAUCCUGACCAUAAAUACUCGAUAUCCAUCUCCUAAACGUAAGAUUGGCAGCAUGUGGCGCUAGCUGUCAUUUCUUUUUCUUUGCUUCCCCGUAGACAAUGACACGCGUUUUCUCCGUUAUUGACGUGCAUCGUACAUAAGUUCGACUCGUCGUCCUGCAGGUUCGUGACCUGCAACACAAUCAAUUGGCAAGGAAAAGUACAGUCGGGAUUUCACCACCUGCACUAACUUCAACCCCACUCGAUACUUAUCUUAGGGUGGCGGCCGAGCUGCCCAAUAGUACGACAUUCCGUAGGCACCUUCUCUUAAUAGUUGGCAAUAAACCCCGAAAAUGGCUUGAAGAGUGGGGGAAAUUAUGGAUGCAAGCCAUAAAACGGUAUCUUAGUACGUACCACCAACACUCUUGGUAUAGUGAGAGACGUAUCGGAGAAUACUACACAACCCUCCUCCCCAUCGUCAUGCUUCCGUAGCAUGGUAUGACGAAUUGUCUCCAUACUUUCAAAUGGAUACACCAGCCACUGCCGGCUGGAUGAGAAUGUCAAGACAGUGGUCGAGGGAGGGAGACACAAUAGGGGCUUUCGUAUUUGUAGGAGGAGCCAGACGGAAGCCUCAUAUCCUUCCUUCCUCACCACUAUGUACACCCUGCAUCGAGCGAGAAGUCAGAAUUCGUUAUCGUGGUCGCGUAGCUCUCGGAAAAUAACAGUGAAACAGGAUGUAACUUCUGCUGAUCCGAAUCCUCUCUUUCACUUACCAAGAUACAAAAAAUAGAACAUCACUUCUCAUUUCUUGGAAAAACUGCGGCUUCCACGCCCCCGAAGAAGCGGAGCACUGCCUAAGCUGCCUUACCCUACUACACCCAUCCAAGAGGGGGACAGUUGAGAACGAUCUACAACGACAAAGAGCAGCAAUACAGCAGCCACAGCAUGAGGAUGAUUAGGUUUACCGUUGAUCAUCGUUUUUUCUCGUUUGGCCAUACACACGCUUGUCUUCUACGACCAAUACUGCUGAUUCGGAAAAACAGGAUCAACAAUAAAAAUCUCUUCAGCCCUGCACAGAACACAAGCCACUUGACGCAAACGAACGUUAGCAUGACCUUCAAUGCGAUAAAACGCGACAUCGAGAGUGCUGAUGAAC